CAGUUCGCGUGCGGUUAUCAAAUGAGACAGUAGGUAGAUAGAUUUGCACGGUGCCUGAAUCGUAGAAGCGGUAUACUUUUUGUGUGUGAAGAAUGAAGCAAGUAGUGGUACUCGGAGCGGGUGUGAAUGGCCUGUGCGCAGCCGUUCAGCUGGCCGAGCAUUACUACGGUGUGGCCAAUGUGACACUCAUCUCGGAGCAUGUCUCGCCGGACACGACCGGUGACGGAUCGGCAGGUCUGUGGGGACCGUACUACUGUGGAAAAACUCCGGAUCAUAAAAUUGUUAAAUGGUCAACCGCUACGCACGUGUUCUUUCACCAGCUGUGGAAAAAUGGGUUGGCAGCACGAGUUGGCGUCAGUCUACAACCGUGCAUGCGUCUUACGACUGACCCACAGGGCUAUCCGGAACCGGCCUGGAAGGAUAUCGUGUUUGGUUGUGCGAAACUUUCCGCUACAGAGCUGGAUCGACUGAGUUACGAACACGGGCGGCGCUACACCGGCGGAUAUCAGUUUGCCACGUUUACCUGUGAGCCAUCAGGGCUACUGCCGUAUCUGUUUAAUCGAUUUGUCAACGUUGGCGGCAAGUUUGUACGAGCGAAGGUUGAUAACGUGGAGAGCAUUGUGCAAAACCGGAAAGUGGACCUCAUCGUUAACUGCACGGGUUUGGGGUCGCUCGAAAUGAUGAGCGACAAGGAGGUGCUGCCCAUUCGGGGACAGGUAGCACGAGUCUGUGCACCAUGGGUGUUUGAAAUUAUCCUUGAUGAUAGCGACGAUGGUAAUUACGUUAUACCAAACACAGAGACGGUGAUACUUGGAGGAACUCAUCAGAUGAAUGACUUCAAUCGGAAUAUCAGUAAAGAUGACAGUAAAUUCAUCUUCGAUGGAUGCGAGCGAAUGCUUCCUAGUCUGAGAAAUGCUACCAAAGUACGAGAGUGGGUUGGCUUGCGGCCGGGACGCAGUACCGUACGGUUGGAAGUAGAGCAAUACAAAGCAGGUGAACAAACAGUACCCAUCAUCCAUAAUUACGGUCAUGGUGGUUGCGGCGUUACGCUUUGCUGGGGCUGCGGAUCCGAGGUCGUGGAACUCUGUCAAACUUUAGUCUUGACCAAGGACACUAAAUCCAAGCUAUAAAUAACCGGUAAUGUUCGGAUCAAUCAGGUGAACUUUAUAGCAGUUUCAAGAUACAUCACUUAUACAUAUAUUCCAUAGCAGACAUAUUUUGUAAAAUAAGAAGGAAAACUGAAUAUAUGUACCUUGCUC